AUGCUCAAGGAGCUCAUGCAGAUCCUGGAGGAAAUCGUGGCCUUGAAGAUGGUCGAAGGCAAGAGCAUCGACGAGUACAACCGGGAGAAAGUGUCCGACCUCGCGACUCGCGCCACCAGACUUUGGCCUGCUCUCACCCGCGUGCUGGGAGGAUCGGGACGUUACAAGCAGCAGAUUGGCCAGCUGGUCGGCACCUACGUGUCUCACAUAGUGAAAGCGAUGAAGGAAGAAGUUGGGCGCUGCGGUCCGGCGUACGCCAUUUACGAGUCUGCCCUGAAUACAGUCUGCGGGGACCUGGUGGCGCCAUUUAACAGCAUGUGGGUAUGUCUGCUCACCUACCUGCUUGUGGGAGUGGUGGCCUUGGUACUGGCGCUCAGUUUGUCCACGCUGUACAUGCGAGCACCAAAUGCGUCUGUUCAACCUACGAUGGUCGCCGGCGCUGCUGCUACACCGUACCAGGAACCGGGGCCAGGCGGUGACAGUAAAGCGGUGCCCGGAACAGUGCCAUUCGUGGUGGAUGCGCCGACAGCCGCUCUGGGAGGCGGCCAAGCGGAGCACCCGGCCAGGCACGUCGUCUACGCAUCAGGUGGCGAGAACACGAGCAGCAGCAGUAGCGAAGGCAUACUGCCACAACCUAGGGCUGGCCAUUUACAAGCAGGGGCACGUGCCAAUGAGCAUCAGCGCAAGCACUCGGCAAGCGUGUCCAUGUCGCUUGGGCUGCUCAGUUCUGAAGCCGAAGAGGACGUGCUAGUGCGACCAUUCACGUGCGGAAUUGACACCUCGAGGCCUCCGGCGCUUGCGUCACCGGGAGGAGGGGUUUCCUUCUCGCCGUUGAGCUCUCCAACUUCCGAGCAGGAGCACUGACCGCCGCAAUUGCCGUACUCACAAUUCCUGUUAGCCCGUAUAACGCAAACUGAGGCGUCACCUACGCAAGUUCAAUUCUACUUUUACUCCCAUACGCGAAGCUCAUUUCGCUACUGCAAUCGUUUGCCUGUGCAAAUGUAUUGUUUAUGGAAAAAAUGCUGGUACGUUCGCUGAUCGAACUAUUACCACUUUGUUUCUGCUAGUUUCGGAAUAGCCGGUCAUAAACGCUGCGAGAAACGAAAGUGCUCAGUUAUUGUGUUCUGCAUCUACGAUACCGACGGAAUAGAGCGUGUGCUAUUGUGUUACUGGGACGUGUUAACCCCUGGAGCUUGCAAUUUAUGACUAACUACGCCACAGAAUGUAGUCCCGUGUAGCU